AUGUCUCGACCCCCAUCUGGUAACCUUCCAAUAGAGGAAUUUACACCAACGUUGCAAUUAGAAGAUGAGAAAGUCACUACUACAGCAGAGGUUCUAGAGGGACCUCUGAUAAUUAUAGACAAGUUUGAACGGGGAGAUACGUCAGAUCCCCAACAAUUUUCAUUAAAGCGAAAACUAUAUCAUACAUUAGUUCUGACGAUGCUAAAUUUUACAUCGUCAGUGUCAUCAUCCAUCAUGUCGCCUGCCCCGGCUAGUACGCUGUCAAAAAAUCCUAUUUCGUCGGAAGUGGGCCAUCUUACUUCAGCGCUCGUACUACUGGGAUAUUCCCUUGGUCCCCUAAUAUGGACUCCUUUUAACGAGGCUUACGGGAAGAAAAAAGCAUGGACAGUGGCCACUCUUGGUUUCAUUUUGUUCCAGAUCCCGACUGGAAUCAACCCCAACCUGACCACAUUAUUUCUAGGCAGGUUCUUUCAAGGCAUUUUUGGAGUCUGUGCUAUUGUUAGUUUGGGAGGAACCAUGUCUGAUAUUUGGGACUUUAGAGCCCGAGGUUAUACCUCGGCGACAAAUAUCAUCGCUAUUUAUGCUGCCCCGACAUUGGGACCAAUCAUUGGAGCUGUUCUUAUUGACCGGGUUGAUUUCGGCUGGCUCUCGUGGCUAAUAAUGAUCAUUGGAGGAGUAUUAUUUAUUAUGCAUUUUUUCGUGAAGGAAUCAUACGCCCCGUUGAUUCUACGAGACAAGGCAAUUGCAUUGAGGAAACAAGGAAUUAAUGCGAGAGCGCCAAUAGAGGAGGCCCCUCCGACGCUGAAAAAUGUCUUGAACUUAUAUGUUCUCAGACCACUGCAUAUGCUACGACAAGACAAAGCGCUCUUGUUCUUGUGUGUAUAUUCAUCUAUUUCAUACGGUCUAUUGUAUGCGUUUUUUGUGGCAUAUCCUAGGGUCUAUAGUCAGUACCGUCACUAUGGGUUUAUCCAAACCUAUCUGCCAAACUUUGAAAUCAUGAUUGGUGUAUUUUUCUGCAGCAUACUCCUGUGUGGCAGUAAUCCAAGAUAUUUGCGUAAAUGCGAUGAAGCAGGCGAGAAUCUACCUGAAGAGAGGUUGGAAAAUAUGUCAAUCGGGGCUGUUGGGUUACCAAUUGGUCUCAUGAUGUUUGGAUGGACAGGUCCGUUCAAUUCUAUUCAUUGGAUGGUGCCUGCAAUUGCAAGUGUAAUUACAGGAUUCAGUACUGCUACUAUAUUUAUGACAACCGUUAUGUAUACAUUGGAUGUCUAUAAACAAUACGGGGUAUCAGCUUUAGCGGCUAAUGGAGUUAUGAGGUCGCUUGUAGCAGUGCUACUCGUGAUGGUAAUCGACCUUAUGAUAGAUCGGAUGACCUUUCAGGGCACAUUUUCGUUUUUAGCGGGGAUCGGAUUAUUGGUAGCCCCUGGGCCGUUUAUUCUUAGAGUCAAGGGAAGAGCAUGGCGAGAGACUUCCGUGUGGGGAAAACUCUAA